UCAAAUACCCAGCCCAAUUCUCUCUCUCUCAGACUCUCGCACACUAAAAAAACUACUCCGAUUCCCAAAUCUCAAAAUUCCCAUCCUCAUCCCAUGGCUAAGCCCAACCAUCAACCACCACCACCACCACCAUCUCUCCUCCGUCGCAUCAUUCACCUCGACACAACCCUCUCUCACAAACUGCACACCCUUUUCGAACCAGUCAUCCCACGCGCCGCCCUCAAACUUCUCGAAAUCACCGGCGAUGGUCGUCUAUGGUUUCCUCUGUCACUCUCUCUCCUCCUUUCUCCAAUCUCUCUCCAUUCCUCCUCUCUCUACUCCUUCUCACUAUCUCUCCUCCUUGGACUCAUUACCGAUAUCAUAUUUAUUGGACUCCUCAAACACUUCAUCAAACGUCGUCGUCCUCAAUAUAAUCCUGCUAUGGGCCGUACUCUCCCUGUUGAUCAUUGGUCUUUCCCUAGUGGUCAUUCUUCCAGAGUCUUCUUUAUUGCUUCCUUGUUCUAUCUUUCUAUUACUGCUGUUGCUCAGGGGAUUGAUCAUUUGAGGUUCCGUGAUCGCGCCAUUGUUGACCGUUGGAUCGGUAAGCGUGAUUCAGAUGAGAUUGUCAUGAUUUUUUUGGUAUUCUUAUGGAUUUGGUCAGUGUUUACUUCCGUUUCUAGGGUUUUGUUGGGGAGACAUUUUGUUUUGGAUGUUGUUGCUGGUGCUUUUGUUGGUUUUUUUAAUGGUUUCAUUGUUCAUAGGUUUUUGUGGUUUUGAUUUAUGAUUUGGAUUAAUCUUAUUGUUUUAUCAUUGUUUAUGAUGACAAUUGUAACUUGUAAGAACUUGCAAUUGUUGUAAUUCUUGAUUAAAUUUACAUAUAAGAUGGUAUAUUUCUUUAAAAUGA